AGGCAUUCCUUCCUUCCAAGCCUCAGCAGACACGACAUCAAAAAUGCUUGCCUUAUUCCUUUGGAUCGUGUCUCUCUCUGCCACCAGCGUCGCUGCCCCAGUAGCAGCGGUUUGCGACAAGGCACUACUCCGAUCAAUCACCGACAGCUAUGUUUCUGCCCAGACCGAGGGAAAGCCAGCUGCGCUUACCGCUACUGCCAGCGGCUUCGCCUACUUUGAGAAUGAUAAGACGGCGGAUAUCACAAAGGGCAUUCUUGCAUCGGCGCUGAAGAUCGACCACAAGCGCAGCCAGCACGACACCACGAAUUGCUCCACUUACACCGAACUGAUUAUCACUGAUUCCAAACACCCCUACGUCAUCGGUACCCAGAUGCACCUCACGGAAGGUCAGGUCAGCAAAGUAGAGACCAUCAUCACCGACAAGGGGGAUUGGUUGUUCAAUGCAACAGGCACAUUGAGUUGGGCGGCCAAGGAGACAUGGGAUCCAAUUCCAGAAGCAAAGAGAGACACUCGUGCUGUGAUCCAAGCGGCUGCUGACGCUUACUGCGAUAUAUUCCACGACAAAAGCGUGAAAGUUCCAUGGGGACAACCGUGUGCUCGCCUCGAGGGUGGCUCGUAUACAGGAAAGGGUCAGUCCAGUGACCGCUGCGAUGUCGGCAUCCCGAACGGAGUUGAGUUAACCAACCGGCGGUAUGUCAUCGACGAGGAGUACGGAACGGUGGACGUAUUCAUGAGCUUCGCUGGAAUCCCUGACACUCAUGAGUUCCGAGUCGAGGGCGGGAAGCUCAGAUAUGUCCAUACAAUGACGGUCACGGGUAAAUAA